GCCCGCAGUGCAUUGUGGGAGAGGCGAUAGUGUGUCUGUCUGUGUGUGUGUGUGUGUGUGUGUAGUGGAGGGAGGGGUGGGGGGUAACCUGCAGCCAUGGAGAACAGCAAGGAUGCGCCAGGGAAAGCCAGCCGGUGGUUUGGAGUCGCGAUGCCCAAAUCAGUGAAGACCAACGUGAACAUCCUCCAUCAGGAGAAGCUGAUUGCUCAGAAAAAGCGGGAAAUUGAAGCCAAGUUGGAACGGCAAGCCAAACGGAACCACUUGCCAACCCAGCAGGCUUCACAGGGGAGCGAUGACGAUAGUGGUGAUGGGGAAAGUGGUGUUUCAAACAAAUUUGCUAACGAUGGCAGCUUCCUCCAGCAGUUCCUGAAGCUACAGAAGGAAAAACAAGGUGCUUCUUCCAGUUCCCCACAGACAUCCCAUCCUCCCCCUGCAAGUACGGUGAAGAAACCCACCUUGACUGGGAAGCGCCCCAAUCUUAGCGUGACCAGCAUGUUGAAUCAAGUCAAAAACUACACCCAUUCCAAGCAGACCCCAGUAACGAAUCGCCUGAGUGUUUUCCAGUCGCCGGAUGACGAGGAAGAAGAGGAUUAUGAGCAGUGGCUGGAAAUCAAAAUUUGCCCCCCAGAGGACAUCCGGACCCGCCGAAUCGUUGAGAAGCUGGCCAGGGUGGUGGCCGAAGGGGGCCCAGAAAUGGAGAAGGUCGCGCUGGAAGACUGCAAGGAUAACCCAGUAUUUGCGUUCCUACAUGAUAAGAACAGCCCAGAAUUUCUCUACUACAGAAAGAAACUGGCCGAGAUGUGGAAGAAGGGCCAAGAUGUAGAGGAGACCACCCCUUCUCAGAAAGUUUCACCCCCAGAGGAUGAGGAGACCAAGGACUGUGCUGAGAAGCUGGCUCGGUUUGUGGCCGACGGGGGCCCUGUGGUGGAAAUGGUUGCCCUGAAAAACCACCGAGAGAAUCAGUCAUUCAGAUUUUUGUACGAGCCCAACAGCUCAGGAUACAAGUAUUACCAGCAGAAGCUGGAGGAAUUCCGGAAAGCAAACAGUAACAUCGAGGGCAUGCCGCCAAUAUCAGAAGCCAGCCUGAAGCGCAAGGCCUCUUCUGAGGGGGGACCUUCCUCUUCCUCUUCCAUUUCUUCUUCCUCCUCUUCCUCCUCCUCCCUCUCCUCCUCCUCGUCUUCCUCCUCCUCCUCAACAGCAGCACCCACGGUUUCUCUGCCGAAGCAGGCAGCCGCAUCCAGUGCGAAGAAAAAGCGGAAAAGCCGGUGGGGCCCAGAGGAGGAGAAGGUGGAUUUGCCUCCUCCAGAGCUCUCUCAGCAGACGCAGGAACCGUCGCCAACACCAUUGUCUGUCCAGGACCUCAAGGGACUUGGCUACGAGAAGGGGAAGCCAGUUGGAUUGGUUGGUGUGACAGAGCUGUCAGAUGCGCAGAAGAAGCAGCUGAAGGAGCAGCAAGAGAUGCAGCAAAUGUACGACAUGAUCAUGAAGCACAAACAGGCCAUGCAGGAGAUGCAGAUCAUGUGGGAGAAGACGAUCAAAGAUCACCAGUCCGGCUACGACAGCGAUGAGGAAAUCGACAAUGAGCUGGGCACGUGGGAGCACCAGCUGAGGCGCAUGGAGAUGGACAAGACCCGUGAAUGGGCGGAGCAGCUGACUCAAAUGGGCCGCGGAAAACAUUUCAUCGGAGACUUUCUGCCACCUGAUGAACUUGAGAAGUUUAUGGAAACCUUCAAAGCUCUGAAGGAAGGCCGUGAGCCUGACUACUCCGAAUACAAAGAAUUUAAACUGACUGUGGAAAACAUAGGUUACCAGAUGCUGAUGAAAAUGGGCUGGAAGGAAGGUGAUGGUCUGGGAUCUGACGGUCAGGGUAUCAAAGCUCCUGUUAACAAGGGGGUGACGGCCGUGGAUGGAGCAGGGUUUGGAAUCGACCGUCCUGCUGAUUUGUCCAAGGAUGAUGACGAGUACGAAGCCUUUCGGAAGAGGAUGAUGUUGGCCUACAGAUUCCGGCCCAACCCACUGAACAACCCUCGGCGUCCUUAUUAUUGAUGCAGCAGUAUGUUUCUUCUCACCUCCCACCUACUCCCUGGUCCUCCAGUGAUGGAUUGUUUACUGUGACAAGUUUAUUUUAAAAAAAAAAAAUGUCCCUCUCUUUCAUUUAGAAGGACUCUGUUUCAGGUUUAGCCUCCCAUCUGUUUACCCGACCACAGAUGUUGGACCUUUUUGAUGUGGUUGCAGAGCUCACCCCCUCUUGUUGUUUUUUGUUUUUUUUUUAAGUGUGACCCCAUUAAAGAAAGAGAAGGAGCAAGUCAGAACUGAGACAGUCAGAAAAAUGUUCCCGAGUCAUACAUAGCCCAACCAUUUGUGAGAAAGCGGGGAAUUGGCCUAAAAACAUUUGUUAAAUAAUGUGUGAUCUUCAUUUUACUCGGUUUCAUGGGUGUUUUUUUUUUGAAGCCCUGCUUCUUUCCUCAUGAACAUAGAAAUUCUGGGUUGCUGUCCCUUGUUGAUGGCGGGGCCUGCAGGGAAGGAUCGCAGGAUGGGGUGUAGCAGGCGAGCAGCAGCACAGGUGGAAAUAAGGAAGGUAGAGAGGCGUUCAUAGCUGCCAAACAUAGUAGAGAGGCUUUCCAGCUUCCGUUCGAAAGAGCAGGAUUUGGAUUGCAGUAAUUUAGGAAAGGGAACUGUUUUUAAAUUGGAAGGGCGCACAAAUUAUCCCAGAGUAUUACCUCUCUGUGGGGGUGUCACUUUUAUCCCAGUUCUGAGGUAAUCUUGUGAAAGCAUGCAAAGCCAUUGCGUAUCGGCCAACCUUCUCUUUUUAGAGGACAAUCGGCUCCCCUUUUUCUCACUCUUUAGUCAUUUCAAAGAGCGCGGAAGCUUGAAUUGCUUCUUAGACCCAAGCCAGAGGCCAAAACCAAACAUAUCUUUAGCCAGAUUCUCAUUAGUAGAUUUUAAUAAUCUUUCAGGUUUGUCCCAAAGGAGAAAGGUUAGAGAAGUGGGGGGGGGGAGAACCAAAAAGUCUUUUUCUUGGUACAAAUACAUGCCCUGUCCACCAAGGCAAACCUCUUCUCUUCCAUGAUCUUCCAACAUUAAAACAACUGUGGUUCCUUUCAGGUAGGCUCUGAAACGAUGCUUAUUUUCAUUUUUAUUAAAUCUUAAUGAUGUAGAGUUGAUACGUUGGGCUUUCGCCAAACAUGUUAAUAAAGCUAGAGAAAUAAUGUGA